AUGGAUCCUCGAUUAUAUUCUCUCCUCGUCGCCUUCUCUCUCUUGAUCGUCGCCAUUUCUUUCACCGCCGGAGAUGAUACCAUCAUCCGUCAGGUGGUCGGCGAUGGAGAGUACCAGUUGAAUACCGAGGAGGAUCACUUCGGUGACUUUAAGCGCAAGUUUCGGAAGUCCUACGCUUCCCAGGAGGAACAUGAUUACAGAUUGUCGAUUUUUAAGACUAACCUGCGCCGUGCUAAGCGUCACCAGAAGCUUGAUCCUCCGGCCAUCCAUGGAGUUACUCAGUUCUCUGACAUGACUCCCGAGGAGUUCCGUAAACACCUCGGGUUGAGGUCUCGACUUAAGUUCCCCGCCGACGCCGGCAAGGCUCCGAUCCUUCCGACCGAUGAUCUUCCAGAAGAUUUCGAUUGGCGAGAUCGAGGUGCCGUCACUGGUGUGAAGAAUCAGGGUUCAUGUGGAUCAUGCUGGUCCUUCAGCACAACCGGAGCAUUGGAAGGGGCGAAUUUCCUUGCCACAGGGAAGCUCGAGAGCCUUAGCGAGCAGCAACUUGUUGAUUGUGAUCAUGAGUGUGAUCCAGAAGAACAAGGAUCAUGUGACUCUGGGUGCAAUGGAGGUCUUAUGACCAGUGCUUUCGAGUACACUCUGAAAGCUGGUGGACUUAUGAGGGAGAAGGAGUAUCCUUACACCGCCACUGACCAUGGAAGCUGCAAAUUCGACAAAAGCAAGGUGGUAGCAUCCGUUAGUAACUUCAGCGUUGUGUCACUUGACGAAGAUCAGAUUGCUGCUAACCUCGUGAAACAUGGUCCUCUUGCUGUGGCUAUCAAUGCAGCUUACAUGCAGACGUAUAUUGGGGGAGUGUCGUGCCCAUUUGUGUGCUCAAAGAGGUUAGACCAUGGUGUGUUAUUGGUGGGGUAUGGUGCAGCCGGUUAUGCUCCCAUAAGAAUGAAGGAGAAGCCAUACUGGAUUAUCAAGAACUCUUGGGGAGAGAGUUGGGGAGAAAAGGGAUAUUACAAGAUCUGCAAGGGUCACAACGUCUGUGGCGUUGAUUCCAUGGUCUCCACAGUCGUUGCAGCCCAUCGUCACUAGUGAAGAUAUACUGCAACUGCAAUCAUCAUCAUCAUCAUCACCAUCAUAUAUAUAUUAUUGUUAAUUAAAUGUAUAUAAGAAUUGUGAUUAGAUUAGGCAGUGCUAGAUAUAUGCCUGCCUGCAAUUAGUUAUUGUUUCAAAAUUGAAAUUAUGCGGCAUUGUGCUGCUAAUUGAGAGUAAAGGUGGGACUUAAUUAAGAUGAUUCAUCCUCGUUAUUGAGUAAUGCAAAAGAGAAGGGACGGAACUUGUAUCCAUCUCCCUCGUAGAACUUGUUUUGGAACUC